GCAAUAUAUGCAGUACCCAACACUUGUCUCUGUGUGUUGAGUAGAAAGAGAAGAGAAAUGGAGAGAGAAGAUCAAAGCCAAAGUGCAUAUCUUCAGUCUCCAUUGAUUCAGCACUCACAUUCAUCAGGGCAGGGUGAGGGACUGGUAUUGAACGAAAAGCAAAGCUGUUGGAGGAGAACUGAAAGAAGUGAUGUUGUUGAAGAAAUGAAAAAACAGUUAUGGCUUGCAGGGCCUUUGAUAACUGUGACCCUUUUGAAUUUUGGCCUUAAUCUUAUAUCUGUUAUGUUUGUGGGGCAUCUUGGCGAGUUGGCUCUCUCUGGUGCUUCCAUGGCUACUUCUUUUGCCUCUGUCACAGGUUUCAGUUUGUUGCAAGGAAUGGCGAGUGCCUUGGACACUUUUUGUGGCCAGUCAUAUGGAGCAAAGCAGUACCACAUGUUAGGCAUACACAUGCAGAGAGCCAUGUUGAUUCUCAUGACUGUCAGCAUCCCACUUGCAGUUAUUUGGGCAAACACAAGAUCCAUUCUAAUUUUCUUUGGCCAGGAUCCUGAAAUAGCUGCAGCAGCUGGGAGCUAUGCUACGUUUAUGCUUCCAACAGUUUUUGCCUAUGGCCUUCUGCAAUGCCUCAACAGAUUCUUGCAAACACAGAAUAUUGUAUAUCCAAUGAUGUGCAGCUCCGGAAUUACCACAUUACUGCAUGUACUUACAUGUUGGAUCCUGGUGUUCAAAUCAGGACUAGGAAGCAAAGGAGCUGCUCUAGCAAAUGGCAUAUCUUAUUGGUUGAAUGUUACUAUGCUGAUACUCUAUAUCAAGUUUUCUCCUUCUUGUGCAAAAACUUGGAAAGGCUUCUCCAAAGAGGCAUUGCAUAACAUUCCCACAUUUUUUAGGCUUGCCAUUCCUUCAGCUGUUAUGGUUUGCUUGGAAAUGUGGUCAUUUGAAUUGAUGGUUCUCCUUUCUGGUCUUCUUCCAAAUCCAAAGUUGGAAACAUCAGUUCUUUCCAUCUGCUUGAACAGUUCUGCAACUGUUUGGAUGAUUCCCUUUGGACUCAGUGGAGCAGUGAGCAUUCGUGUCUCAAAUGAACUUGGAGCUGGUCGUCCAUGGAUUGCACGCUUAGCAGUUCGUGUUGUCUUAGCAAUAGCCAUUGUUCAGGGCCUCUUAAUAGGAACAGUGAUGAUACUUGUAAGAAACGUCUGGGGCUAUGCAUAUAGCAAUGAAGUAGAAGUGGUCAAAUACGUAGCAAUUAUGUUCCCAAUUCUGGCAGCAUCCAACUUUCUGGAUGGACUCCAAUGUGUUCUUUCAGGCACUGCUAGAGGAUGUGGCUGGCAGAAAAUUGGUGCAUUUGUGAAUCUGGGAUCAUACUAUUUAGUUGGAAUUCCAUCAGCUAUUGUGUUAGCUUUUGUAUUGCAUAUUGGUGGGAAGGGACUCUGGUUGGGAAUCAUAUGUGCACUAAUUGUUCAAGUCUGUUCUUUAAUGAUCAUUACUAUUCGUACUGAUUGGGAGCAACAGGCAAAGAAAGCAACAGAUAGAGUCUAUAAUUCAGUAACACCGGAAAGCUCAGUCUCAUGAAGGUGCAAUAUAUUUGCAAUUGCACAUUCUGAGUUAAAUUCUAGUGAGUGAAAUUAAAGCAAUAUAAGUUUUGUUAUACUUCUUUGGCAGAAAAACUUUAGGGACAAUUAUAUUAUGUAUGGUUGAAAGAUAAUAGAUGAUGCAGUUGAAGAUUAGACGUAAAUAAUGUGGUUUUUCUGUGUACUGGUGUUAGGGAUGUUUUGAUGUUAAUCAGAGAAAUCAUUUUCUAAGGUUUU